AUGCAGGCACCGCGACCGAUGGACGCGCCGGGCGUGGGAAGCACCGCGCUGCACGAUCCGCGGAAUACGCUCAUCGGCGAGGAUAUCCUAGUGUGCGAGCUGCCGUGGGGCGUCGGCGAGGGAAAGACGCCCGACGGCAUGCACCGCGUCUAUGCCCUGCUCGGCACAGUGCUCGUCUCGGACGACGGGUCAAAGCCGGUCGCCCUCGGCGAGGCUCCGCCGCAGGACGCGCAAGGCGAGGGGCAGGCGCAAGGAGAUACGCUCCUCUCUUUCUCCGAGUGGAAGGAAAAGCACCUCGAAAACGAACGCCAGCAAAAGGCCAAGUCAAAACAGCGCGACAAGGCGCGCGAGCGCAGCAGCGCAAGGACCUCGUCUGCGACGGACGCGCCGACAUCGUCCCCGGCGCCAGAGUCAGUCACGGCAUCGGCGCCAGAAGUGCCGACACCAGCGCACCACGAGUCGCCGCCGCCCAGCGAGCCGCCGCAGCCGCCGCCGCCGCCGCCCGAGGCGGACAAGCCGCCGCCGCUGAUCCUUGCGGCAGAAAAUGCGCCAGAAGCCCUCGCUAAGCUCAAGCACCGAUGGAACUAUGCGUCGCUGGACUGCGCCGCCGUCUUGCACCAGGCGAACCCGUCGGCAAAGUUUGCAUCGGCGAUCCUCAGCGAAAAGAAGGACCGCUACAUGCUGUCGCCCUGCCGCACGCCCAAGCGCGAGGGACAGUUUGUCGUCGUCGAGCUGUGCCAGCACAUCCGCAUCGACACGAUCGUCCUGGCCAACCUCGAGUUUUUUAGCAGCAUGUUUAAGCUGUUUUCCGUGCGUGCCUCGACGGAUCUCCACGCGCCGGAGCACGAGUGGCGGACGCUGGGGCACUUUCGCGCGCGCAAUGUGCGUGGGCCGCAGGUCUUUACGCUCAGCGCCGUGCCGCACUCGUACUACCGCUUCCUGCGCAUCGAUUUUCUUGAGCACUACGGCAGCGAGUACUACUGCCCGGUCAGCCUCUUGCGUGUCUAUGGCCGGAACGAGCGCGAGGAUGCCGACGAGGAGAUCGACGAGGACGACGGCGAGGCGGACGAGGCGGACGAGGACUGGGAGCCCAACUAUUCCUGCGAUAUCCACGUCGCAACGAUCCGCGGCCGCAUCCAAAUGUGCCCUGCGCACGCUCCGUCGAUCUGGCCGUGUGUGUGUGUACCGCGCCCCGUGUCGCACGCGCCGGUCGCGCCAAGCAAGCCCACACUCGCGACCAAUGUCUCGGCGCUCGCGGAUGCGCCGCCGCAGCCGACGCCGGCCAUGCUGAACGUACCUGCAAAUGCCACAAGCACGCCGGCCCCGUCGAACCACACGCGUACGACGACCAAGCCGGCAGACGCCAAAGCCUCGGAAAAGGCCAACCCCGGGAGCGAGUCCAUCUUCCGUACGAUUACCAAGCGCCUCGCUGCGCUUGAGUCCAACACCAGUCUCAGCAUGCAGUACCUGCAGCUCAGCAGCCAGGUCCUCCGCGACAAGCUCACCGAGCUCGAACAGUCCCAAGAGACACGGAUCACGCAGCUGCUCUCGUCGCUCAACACGACCUAUACCCAGCAGCUCCAUGCGUUUAUGGACGAGCACCGCACCGCGCUCAAGCAACGCGAAGCGGCCGCCGCCGAUCUCGCGACACGCGUCCAGCAGCUCGCGCACGAGCUCGUGUACGAAAAGCGGCGGGGGUUCGCGCAGCUCGUCCUGCUCUUUGUGCUCUUGCUGCUGCUCAUUGCGACGCGCAGCUCGGCGGCACUGCCGGUGCGCACGCGCACCGGCUCCUAUCCGCCCGUGCACACACCCCGUGCGACGAUGGGCAGCCCUCUUGGGCGUGUUUUUUCGCCAUUCCGCGCCUCGCCGCCGCUCCAGGACUCGUCCGAAGUCGUUGCGGCUCUCGAGCACGCUGCGCUCGAGCACGAUAUGGCACGCGGUCCCGAGCGCCCGCCGCUCCAGCGCGUCCAGGAGACGGCGCUGCCGGCACGCCCGGUGACCUCGGUCAAGUUUCCGCACCUGCGCGGCACCGCGACGCCGUCGCCGCGGCGUGCGUGGCGGCGUGUGCGCCGCGCCCGCCGCGACGGCCACGAGCGCCGCUCGUCGCAGUCGAGCUACGCCCCGAGCUCGGAAUGGAGCGAUGGGGAGGGAUCUGUACAUAUGUAG